AGUCGUCAUGCUUGUUCAGUUGCAGAAUUCACGUAGACCGUAUAGCACCUUCAUUGCAGUAAUUCCGUCGAAUAUUUUAAAAUAAACCCAUUCGAAUAUUUAAUAUAUACAUACACGGUAUUUUAGUUCUGUUUCAUUUAUCUGCGUCACAAGCUUGCACCGUACAAAAUUAAUUGCAUACAAACUGGAAAAAAGCAUUGAAUUCUACGUUCAACGCAUCUAAACAAAUCAUAAAAGUACCAAAUACAAAAGGUUCUUUGUGAUACGACACAACAGUCAAAUAAUGUGGGAAAUUCAAAGAGAAAAAUGAACAGCAUUGAGCGAUGGAUUGAGAACGAAUUCUUUUGCAAAAAGUGAUAGAAUAUGACGAACUUUAUAAUGAUCAAAAAUAUCAAGCAAAUGUUAAAAAUAUCGUUGAAAAACCAAAUGAGAAAACUUUUCGCCCGAUGCCGUAAUUGAUGUAACAUUUUCAAUUCAAAUAAAAGCUCAAACACGAGAAUAGCAUUAAAGUGGCACAACAAAAAUUGAUGGUUUUAUUAAAGAUUUCUCCAGUGAAUACAUUGUGAACACGCGUACGCUCUUCACUUGAUGAAUUUUUGAAAAGUACGCGCCAUCCACGAAGAUAAACAGACAGCGAGCGCGCGCGCGAGAGAGAGAGAGAGAGAGAGAGAGAGAGAGAGCGGGGUUGACAGAACGAAAAUACCAGAGGCAAGCCUGAAAAGUGCAUUUACAAAAGUGACCAAAAUCAACAAAGGACAAACGACGACCAAAACAUCAUGAAGAAAUACUUGCACAAAAGGAUCAAGUUUGUGAUUCCGCUACUGUUGACUUUUCUGCUGGGAAUUGUUGACGCGGCUGAAUGGCGUACCAAAGAUGGUGCGGAAGAAGAAUGCACAGAUUUUCAGGGAAACUCUGUCCAACAUGGUUUACUGUAUGUGCCGGGACCGGGAGUUUGUAGUUUAUGUGUUUGCUACCAUAGCGAACCCCUAUGGUGCAAGGCGAUAUAUUGCGACCCCCCUUAUUUUUGUAAGAAUUUUCGUGUCGGUGAACGUUGUUGCGAGUUUGAAUGCCUCGAUCCGCCCGGUGAAGAUAAUAUGUAUCAGUGGCGACUAAAAAAGAGAGAUGAAAUUCUUGCGGGUAUUGCUGACGCAAAUCAAAUUUUAGCCAAAGCUUUAACAUUAAUUUUAAGCAUUUCAAGCGUUUUUAUAUUGAAUCAAUUUAUGUGUCGACGAUCGUCAUAGCCAGGAACAUGGUUUUUCGGAUACCGUAUGUCUGAUGCUGAAUUUGACUGAACACAACAUGACAACAGCAACAAAAAGAAAAGACACAAGUUUCAAUUAAAUUGUAAGCGAAAUGCAUUGAUUUUUGGGGGGAGGAGGAAAAGAUACAAAAUUCAAAGUGAAAAUUAUAUAACAAUGCAUCUGUAGAUUCUAUUUGACAUUUUAGAAUGUUCUCGCUGCGAUAUUUUCAACAUAACAAAACAUAGAAUGCAUUCUAAAAGUUUUUAACAAGGAAAAAAAAUACACAUUAGUGGCAAUGAGAGAGAACAUUUCAAACAAAAAUCAACCGAAAUGAAUAUAGCGUUCGGUUUUUUUUCGCAUAGUUUAUCAGCUUUUCUGCGUUAAACACCGAACAUCCAAUUACUCUGAUCGAAAGCAGUUUAUUGGGCCAAGAACUAGGGCAAAGUGUAGACAAGUAUGAAAUCAACUAUUUUUGAUAAUAACUAAAACUGGUUUUAAUUCAUAAAGUUGUCAAAAUAAGAGACCAUCUAUCUCUUAUCUUUAUUAUAAUUAAAUGAAAUUUGGCGAGAGCAUUUUAUGCAACAAUUUGUAUGAAUACGAUUCCUUUUUCACACUUUCUUUCUAUCGAUAAGUUGAAUUUUCGUUUGAACGAGAAAAAAAUGAAGAAUUUUAAAAAUUUGAAAAUCAAAAUUAAAAUUUGAUAUGAUAUUUGAUAAUGUAUUAGAGCGGUGGGCGCUGGUGAAGCACUUUUUGUAUGGAAAUAUUUGUUGAAAAUUCAACAAUACGCCACCUAUUAAAGACAAUAAAGAUUUUCGUUACUACUGCUGUCUUGACACAGCUCUAGCGAACUAUAUAGCUGUAUUGCAAACGUAUUAGUACUGACAUCGAUUCUGUGUAUGCGUGUGUGUUGUAAAUUUUGCACAAGCAGGUACGGUUGACGACUGAGUGCAGAAUUUGCAAUACAAACGGACACACAAAAUCAGAGUCAGUGUGUUCUUUAGUAACAAAAAUCUUUAUGUAUUUUAAUAGAUGUCGUAUUCGUUGAAUCUUCAACAAAAAAUCUUCGAUACCAGCGCCCACCGUAUUCGGUGGUAAAGAAAAAGAAAAACGGCGAUGACAUAUAAUGUAUAAGAUUGGUGAGAGAGAGAGAAAAUAAUACCGUUUUUCGAUAAGUAAUUUUCAUUGAUCGAAUGUAUACAUAUGCAUAGAUAGAUAAGAAUUCUUAGGUAGACAAAUGAUAAUCGUCAGCUGGUUUCAACUAAUUUGGUUGUACAAACAGCAUUUUAUCUUCAAUUUGAAUCGAUUCUUCUGAUAAUUACAAAUUGACCCACACAAGAACAAACAAUUUUGACGACGGAACAAAAAUUUUAAAAAUAGCUCUUUCCACACAUACACACUCGUUCAGCUAAAUAAAAUAGAAAACGUUCCACUUUUUCCAAACAAAAUAGAAUGCAUUUACUUAGCGCAUCUCUUCAAAUCGAUUCUUUUUCAUCAACAUAUCAUAAAUUAGAAUGAGCAGCUAUUUUAGCCAAUAGACAAAAUAAUGAAUUUAAAGAAAACACACAUGAGACAAUUUCUUAUUCAAUCUAAUUAUCCUACUUCGAAAGCAAAUUACUAUUGAUCCACUACAAAAAAUAAUGACAUUACUAUGCAAUGACAUAACGUCCUUUUUUCAAAAGCACUGAAAAGCGAUGAAAGUUAAUUGACUCAAAAUGGAAAUGCACAAUUUUUUUUGCAUACAGACAAAUUGAAAGGGAUAGAAAAGUUUGCAAUUUAAUACUUUAAUGCGUUUUCAGUUGUAAAUGCCCUCUACUCUCCAAUACUUUUGAAUUCUUAGCGUAAUGCUAAAGCGUUUACGCAUACAUAAUUCAAAGAUAUUAAGAAGAUCAAUCGAUAUAAUGACAAGAUAUUGAAAGUCAUAUGUGUACAGUAUUAAAAAUCGAUUUCUUAGUCAUUAUUGGCAACUUGUCAUAUUUUAUGGUUGCAAAACAAAACAGAUCAAAAUUCUUUUGGAUAUAUAUUUCAUUUUUUUUUGCUUGUCGAUUCAUUUGGAUACGAAGAAAAUCGUGGUUUUCUUUAAGUGCAGUAUAUUUUUUAAGACAAUAACAAUGAAUCAGUUUGUUUGAAUCAUUUUUUUUAAAUUGGUUUUUUUUUUGAAUAGUUAAAAAUGCCAAAUAAUAAGUAAAUUUUCUUAAUUUGGUUAUCUAUUAAGUAAACCUAAGUGUUAAUUAUUUGCAAAAACGAGAUCUUAUGCAGGUUUAAU